AUGGAGCCCAUCGACAGUGCCAGUGGCACCGGCUUCCAGUUUUUAGAGGAGCACGUUGGCAAGGACACGGUCUGCGCUUUCGCGUGGGGAAGGGACGGACGGCUCGCAUCGCCUAAGCAGCUUACGGAGGUUGGCCUCGUAGCAAGUCAUGGCUACUCACUGGUCCAGUGCAAGCGAGUCGGAGACCGCAGGUUUUUGCAGUGCCGAAACCCAUGGGGCACUUUUUCGUGGAAGGGCAAGUUUGGAUUUGGAUACGACUGGAGUGAGGAGCCCGCUCUUGCGACAGAGCUAGCCCCCAACAUGAGCAAGACGGACAAUGGCGUUUUCUGGAUAUCGAGAGAGGACAUGUUUCGAUGGUCAAAUCCCAACAUGCGCUUUACGUUGAUCCUCGACGCAUCUGCAGAGCAUGGCUACAAGACCGACUCGCUUUCUGGAGCCAUGGCUUCUGGUGACAAUGCCCACCCUGCAGUGGUCAUCAAGAUGCCCGACCAGGCUUCCAUUGAUGCAGCAGGCACUUCACUCUUCCUAUUCCAAGCCGAGGGCUUCGACGCACGCCAAACAAACCAGUCCAAGAGAUGCUAUGUGGAGGUGUACCAGCUUGCGGAGGAUGGACAGAGGGUUUGCUCUUCAACCCCGCUGAUCUCGACGCAGGAGCUUGGCGCAUGGUGGGGUCGCGAGACACCGGCUCACCGACUACACGUUGGCAGCGGGGCACCCAAUCCCUCCGUUCCAGCGGGCUGCUCCCUUCUUUUGGUCGUGCGGCCACAGCCAGGGCAGACAGGGAACAAGACUCGAGUGAUGUUGGAGCAGGGUGAGAAGUUCUUCCUGCGAAUGGCAUCCAAGCCUCACCAUUCCCGCUCUGCAAACUUCAAGCCUUUCUCGGCUUUUCUGCCUGUAAAGCAUGCAGUGGUUUCAUCUGCGAAAUAUCACGAAACGGACGUCACCAGCAAGGUGGUAGAACUAUACGACAACUCCCGAGAAAACGUCAAAUCAAGUGGGGGGACGUGUGGCCAAGAUGGCGACCACUUCGCAUUCACCGAUUUUAAUGCACUCUUCGGUGACCCUGCUCCGGGCAAGCCCAAGAAGCUGACAGUAAGCUUCGAACAGGAUGGGGAGGAGAAAACCGUCUCUGUGGAAGAGUCUGACUGGAUGCGCAUUCCCCGCGCAGCUCAGCAUUCCAGCGAAGGUUGUCCAGAUUAUGACGACUUUGGAAAGACGUGGGGCAUACAGCGAGCGACCUUCGGCCCGCUAGAUGUGACCCAUGCGCUCCGCGGCAUCCUUAGCGACUUCGGAGGCAAGCUGGAGAUCCGGAGGAAGUUCGACGAAACGGGAGAGGCCAACCUGGGCACAGGGGAUGUCUUCGGCGACCCGGCGCCAGGGGUCCCAAAGAAGCUGAUCCUCGAGUUUUCCAGCGGAGCCACCGAAACAUGGGAAGACGGCGAUGAGGUGCGCAUCGAUGUCUCGGAUUGGAAGCCGGGAGUCAAGUCUUCCCCCGCGCGAGCCGGUGCAGGCCGCGGCGUGGCACUGGCAAAAGCAAGCCGGGACAGCUGA